AUGGCAGCCUCGUGGUUAAUUCGUUUGAUCUUUCUGGCUGUUAAUGUUCUGAGCGCAAAUUUAUUGGUGAUAUCCAACUCCGACUUCUGUGCGAGCGUUUUUGAAACUAAGAAUGGUAAUUUAACACGUUCGGCUCUAUAAAACAGUUUUCGACAACUUUUUCUAUAUCUCUCUGCCCAAACAAAAUAUCGUUCUUUGUAACAUCUUUUAAAUACCCGCCAUUUAAAGCACUUUAAAAGCCCUUCCUUUUCUUGACUAUUUCUGGUGUUGAAAUUUAAUACUUAUAUUACAACUUCUAUCACUUUUUUUUACUUCUGACGAUUCCCGCUCGCUCGUAUCUAAUCCCAACAAGAGGCCUAAAGUGGUUUCCAUGGGAUGCGUUGGUCUAUGGAAGCAUAAUGGCGUUCUAUCUGAAUUUGGAAAAAUUAGGGAAACCGGAAAGAUGUGUCAUGUUAUGAGCAUCGAUGAGUAGGUUACCUGUAUUGGUUGGUUUAAUGUGCUUAUGACUGAAUUUAUAGUAGCCUGCGUGGCAGGCUACUAUUUCUCCUCAAUCCACAUCCCCUUUUUGCUUCCUCCCUAUCCCUACCCCUUCUGACACCUGCUACGCAAGCUAAAUUUAUAGUUGUUAGUGGUCGCAAGGAUGGAGUUGAUCUUAUUUUGAUCCAUCGCUAUGUAGUUAUUUUCGUAUCACGAUUUGGGUAAGAAAAAGAAGUUAUUUUGCAUCAAAACAAGGUUUACCCGUGUAACUUAAAUCGGAAUGUUAACGGAACAAGUAAUGGAGAACCUGCGCAUAAAUUAAUGCUCUCUGAUUAACCUGAACGGGAACUAUAUGUAUAAAGAUACGUCAUAUCUUGGUAGUAAGUUGCCACAGGUAACUUUUUCAAAGAGAAAUAAACAUUGUAGUUUUAGGUUAAUGGAACAAAACAAAACAAAACAAAACAUCCGCUUGCUUUAUCCAGGAUCGAACCAGGGUUACAAAGUUCGAUAAAGUUCCAAUGUUUUAAUCCAAGAUGAAAGUUUAAUGUUCCAAGAUUCUCUUGAUACGGUUAAAACUUAAUUGCAAUGUGUUUCCAAGGUCUCAAAGUUAACAUAGUUCCAAUGAUUAUCCCUGAUUCCAAGGUAUAAUAAGUUUACUAAGGUCCUGAUCCAUGUCCCAUCCAGAAGUCCAAUCCAUGCCGAAUGCGAGUCGUCGAUCGACGAGGACAAUAUUUUCGCAAUUUCACCGCCAGUCGUCAAGGGUACGUGUUGACAUUUAGGCGAUUUAACCUCCCAUCGUCAAGGUGUUUUCGAUAAGAAAGUAAGAAAACUGAACUCUAGCUGUGCUCGGCAAAAACAGGCGAACUCCGAAUAGAAAAAUCUAUCGGAAAUCGUGGCCCGCAACCAGACGCUACUAAAACCUUAUGAAAAAGCUAGACCUAAACAAAAAAGAAUCAUGAAGGGAAGAAAUAAUUUGGCUUAGGUUGCCUUUCGUGACUUGCCAGUAUCCCGAAGGCUUUCGCUGGUUAACAAGCCAUCCUAAACCACGAGUGGGAAAACUCAAGAGCGACAAAUUUGGCAAGGAACGUUCUGAUUUCAACGUUCUUCAUAGGAAGCAAAUCGACUAAAAAUCGAUACAGAUUUUGUACAAUCUGAUUGGUCGGCUUGGAAGAAGAGAUAAUCGAUAAAGAUUUUAGGCAAUCCUAUUGGCUGGCUUUGCAAUUUUGGGUACAACCGAACCGGAUUUUUACCUUGGGAAUGCCACAGGCAUCCAACGGAAUUAAGAAAGCAAGUAUAUCUUUUAUUAGUAUAUACACACUCAGUGAUCUUGGUGAUUUAAGCAAUCUGAUUGGUUCGCUAUCUCGGACUAUUCAACAAUAUUCACCUCCUAGCGAGUGGAUAAUGUGUGAGCUCGGUGUUUUUCCCAUUUUUUUCGAGAACAAUCUUUUAAAAGUCGACAUAAUCUUAGGGAUGACUUUUUUUUAAGGAAAGAAAAGACUUGGAAGGAUUCAAUACGGCGUUUUUCAAUUUACUGUAGCUGAGUUUUGUGCUCGAUGGAUUGUUUACAACUCCCGUGUAUCAGUAUUUGCGCUGAAGAAGCCGUUUCGUGAAAAACUCAGCGUUAUCUAACAAGGAAAUUUUGGCUCCAAAAUCGAAGUUUAUCUAUGACAAACAAAUUUAAUAGGAAAUGCUAGCAGAAAUUCUACGUUUCAAGUAAACGGGAAAAAGAAUGAUACAGGAAGACGACGUCCUACCUCGAGCAACCGAGCCGCCGUUUUUGUCAGCACUUCAUGCGAAGAACGACACAACAAACCCUUUUGGCUAUAAACUUGGCGAGUCAACAGAAAACAACAAAGCUCUACUUUUCUUCUCUGGUAAGGAAACAGUUCAAACUUUUAGCGGUUCCAUUUAAGCCAUUACGCUGUUGUUUGCGAAAUGACAAACUUGUGAAUUGCCAUGUUUGAAAAUUCUGCGAAGAUCUAUUUUUAAACUUACGCGUGAUUUGAUCUGUCAAUCAAAUGGUGCUUUUUAAUGGUUUCCUCUCUGAUUUUGUUGAGAUCACUUCGUGUGUAUUAGCCUGAAUUUCAUCCGAUUACUUCGAGUCGUUAUUACUCCGUCAGUAACGUCUGAAUCGACCGGCCGUUAAUGCCGUCCAGUGACGUCACUACUCUUCGACCUUUGUUUUAAUUCAUGCAAAAAGUAAAACACGAUUUUCGCGUGGCAAACCGGCAAAUAUCGUUUGGAAAUGUCUGCAUGAUACAGAACUGCUUUAUUUUUUUCGAUAGUAAUUCAUGUUUAACGUUCAAACUAUCAACUGCAUGCAGUACAACUCUAAACCGGUGGUACUAAAUUCUAUAAUAAUCAAACUCGGUCGCAAUCACGCAAUGAAAUAAACACACACACGGAACACUUAGUUCAAAAACACAAUGAUUUGCUUUAAUUGAAACGAAGCUAUUUGGUCCUUAACGAAGAAAAAAAACAAGGAGACAAGAAAGAAAAGCUAACAGAAUCAUUACACGUGACGGUAAAAAUAGCAAGAAGGUCGAAUUAUAACAUUGAUCUCAGAAAACUUCGCGUCAACAAAAUCACCGACCGUCGAAACCACAAAGCGGCUCUAAAUGAAAAACCUACCGACUCUCCGCAAUGAUUCUUCAUUCGCACUUCAAUUUAGCAUUUCAGUUUCGAAGACAAGGGCAAUUUCACUGUUUAAGAUAAAGAUUAAGCUUAUCGAGAUAAUUGAACUAAACGAAAGAAUGCCAGGGAUGCGAUCCGCUGAAUAUCAAGCGACAAUCCCGCUAAAAUUUUUCAUAAUUAUACAUAAUUAUGCGAAUGUUUAGACAAUCAACCAAUCAAAAUCACUACCCGGUUUUCGGGUAGUGAGUGACGUCACCGGACGGCAUUAACGGCCGGUCGAUUCAGACGUUGUUGAGAGGAGAAAACAACUCGAAGCAAUCGGAUGAAUUUCAGGCUACGUGUGUAUAUACUAAAACAAUUAUUCUUUUCAAUCUCGGUGAAUAGUGGCUUUGGGAAUAUUUACCUCGCCGCUUUCGCGGCUCGGUAAAUAUUUUGCCACUAUUCACCUCGAUUUCAAAGAAUAAUUGUUAAUUAUAAAAAGGCAAAGCUAAACUAAGAUAAUAUGUGCCCCUGGUUCAUGAUAAAGUAUAUACUGUUUUAUUGCAUAUUCCCCCGUUCUUUAUUAUUUUUUCUUUCAGACCAUGUUUUAGUUGGUCAUGUCAUGAAUACGUCAGCGGUUGCUGACGAGUUUGAAUGUCACCAAAAAUGCCUCAGAAAUAACAGCUGCAAGUCAUUUAAUGUUCAUCCCGGUACAGAUAAUACUAAACGAGUUUGUGAGCUGAACAACAAAACACGGCAAACGACGCAGGAUAAAUUUAAAAAGAAGAAAGGAUCUUCUUAUUAUGGACAUGUUAAGGUCAGAUCCACUGUUUGAAUAUGAACUAUCGCUUUUUUUACAAAACUGUUAAUUAAAAAAACCAAAACGCAAAACAACCAAUUAAAACACUUGUUCACGACGGUCACCCUGAAUUCAAUUAUGAGACAACAGAUUAGUAUUUAAUUUCUUUAACUUUCCGGCUCAAAUUCUGUAGAGUUUUGAGGUCUUCUUAUGAAUUAGCUGAAUUCAAGUAGUUAUGUUUGCAGAACUCAAAUAUCGUAUAUGGUACUUUUGACGACAUUUUCUUUUAAAUAUUGAUUUGUCGUGGAGUACCAGUUUGCCUGUGUCUUAAAGUACAUAUUUGCUUUUACCCACACAGUAAACAUUGCGCAUGGCAGGAAAUAAAAAGAAGGUAAUAAAUACAACAACAACAACAACUUAUUAAUAUUGCUUCUAAAGCGAACAAAAGUGGUAAAAACUAAAGCACAUAAUGAGGUCAUCUAUAGUUUUCAUCUACUGUUUGAUGUUUCUCAUUUCAACUCGUUAUUUUCUUCUCAGGCAACCUGCCAAGAUCUACUCACCAACAAAAGGAAACAAACUGGUCACCGUCAUCCGGAUUACAGAGGCAAAAAAUUUGAACUUCGUAAGUAACGCUUGUUUGUUUAUAAAUUUGAUGUUACAAUUGCUUUACGGCGGAGAGAAUAUUUACCACAUAUAGUCAUUUGUUUUAUUAUCUGCUACAGCAAAGAAGCGAGGCUGGAAUUCCAAGGACCCUGCUUAUUCCUGUAAGAGCAUCCGGGACUCUGGUGACUCUAAAGGAGACGGGAGGUACUGGAUCGACCCUGAGAACAGUGGAAACCCGUUGAAAGUUUACUGUGACAUGACAACUGACGGAGGUGAGAUCUGCUCUUAAAAAAUCUGAAAUGGUAAAAAAUGGUUUUCCAUUUCUGAUUGGCCUAAAUUCCCCGGCUUAUUCUUAAUAAACAGCUACCAUUUUCAACUUCUGAAGACGUCUAACGUCAAUUGUACAGAUAUCGUUUGAGAAAGGGGCAGCAGAAGGCGCAUUAACUCAGCUGUCUUUACAAAGCUGAAGAUUUCCCCGGGCAAGGCGGUUAUGUUCCGCAAAACAGGGUAUGGCCAUGGUUUUCAGGGUCAUACAAUUUCAGUAAUUUGCGUCUUGAAUAUAUGCAGGUUGUCUUUUCGGACUGAUCGCGAACAUCGGCCUCGUGGUCCUUCAUGAGAACAAUUUCACGAUGUUAAUCAAAAAGAACUUUUAAAUUUCGUGUAAAACGAAAUGAAUCAGAGACGUGAAAGUAGGUCUCUUAGUCUUAAACAGGGUAGCGAAAUGAACAAUUUUUUGUCUUAAACAGGGUUAGGGUUAGAAGGGCUCGGCGGCACACUUUUAUCCAAACUUCCCUUGAGUGGCGAGAUUGUUGUUUAUUCCUUUACUUUUGAAGAUUGUUUGUUCUUAAUAUAUAGCUUUAGCCAGGGCUAAAAGCGAAGCUCCAGCCCGUUAAUAAAUUUAUAAUUUAAAUCAAACGAUUGAAACUUGUACUCCACAAAUCAAUUAACUUUAGGGCACAUUCAUGUGACUUAUGAGGGAGGGGCUAAGUGAUUUUAAAGACAAAAAAUAUUUGCAAACAGUUCAAGAAUAAAAAACCUGUUCAUACCGUUCAUAGUCUUAAAUUUACACCCAAAAAAUAGAAAUCACCUUUGAUCACAGUAGAUUAGGCUUGAAAAACAAUUUUUUUCCAAACAAGAUAACCUAUUCGCACACUUACACCGUCUUAUUUUAUAAGGUUAAUAGGCUACUUCCGAGCUCCAAAAACCCUCACUUUCAAAAUGAGGCGAAGUGCACAACCUUUCUUGUGAAAAUGAGUUUUAUUUACAUGAGAAUGAAAAAUAAUUUCCAUAUCAAAGGCUUAGCACUUAACCUCGUUUUGAUACAGAGGCACGGGGAAACAAGGAAAUCGCCUAUUGAACAGCCCCGAAAUAUAAUUUUAUGUUAUAAAGGCCGGUUAUGAGACACGAUAGUCCUCGGUUGCAGCCAAUUUACACUUUAUAAUUUAUUGGUUGUAUCCCUCCAUGGUCUUAUCGUCGAGAAGUAUGGUGCAGCCCUGCGGGAGAUGAGAUUAACAAUCCAGGCUUGAACUGCACCAUCGUAUCCUUACAUUACUUAUUUAUUGUUUAGCGUUGUAUUUCAGUUGUAUCUCGGUACGUGUGCGCGUACAAUUUUAUUUUUAGCGCGCUCAUUAUUUGUUUAUUUAUUUAAUUGACGUGUACAUUUAGUUCGUUAAUUAACGUCUUAAUUUUACUUUGCGUUAUUUUCCUCACUUACAUCUGUUGUCUGUGACUGUACUCACAUGGUGGGUGGCUCCUCCUAAAAUGUUCUGCAAUUGAUAUAGGAUUUAAUGGAAAACCAAUUGAGGAAUUGUACGCAUUUUAGGCAUCCUACUGAUGAACAGUUGCGACACGUAGAUAUAUAUUUUUUAGCAACUAAUAUAAUUUGCAGUCUGUCUACUUUGAAUUGCAGUAUUCUGCUUGCAGAAUUUAAUAUGUCUACUUGUUAUUUUUGCUGAUCAGGUCUUUAUAGAUCCUACGUUUGGCAUAUUCGUUUGCGGUUUUAGUCCUUUGUGGUUAAUGUUUGUACUUUAUGUAUUUUGGGGCCCUAGAUCUUUUAUAGAUCCGAUAUGCUGUAAUUUUUGCAUGGUUCUGUCCAUGUUUUUGAGGUUGGUUUUGACCAAUCCUAUAUUUUCUUUGCGACACAUCAACUUGACACUUGGACACUUGCCCCCCAGACGGCACGUAGUAUGGCGUGAUUCUGUGGGUGUUGAGAGUUCUAGGUUACGGCUUAAAUCAUAGUGCGUGGAUAUUUUUCAUCAGAGUUUUCUCUGGUUGUUACGCCAGACUGACGAGGCCCAAAAAGGAGCGAAACAGCUGUCUACGGCUACAGUCCCGCUCUGUUUUGAGUUCUUUCAUUGUCGUGUUGAUGUCCUGCAAAGUUAAUUUUCACGAAGUACGAUCAGCAUUGCAGUAUUCUGCUUGCAGAAUUUAAUAUGUCUACUUGUUAUUUUUACUGAUCAGGUCUUUAUAGACUGAACAUGGCCAACGCGUGACCAUGGUGAGAAAAUCCAAAGCAACUACCUUUCCUGCCUGUUAAAAACUGGCUGAGAUUUCGCGUCCGAAGCCAGUUGGAAAUCAACAUUUUAAUUGUGCAGCUCAGAAACACAACUUUAUUUCCUGUGCAUUGAAGAAAAAUUGAACUUAAGCCAACGAAUAUUUAAAAAGUAGUAACUUGUCAGCGGAUAAGUUCAUAAAAACGCAAACUCGAUGAAUCAACACAUGAGCCCGCGAUACGGCCAUGUGAUAUUGCUCAGCCGAUACCCUGUUUUGACAGCUGUCACCUGACAAAAACAUGGAUGUCCAAUAUCAGGUUACAGACUCCAACAAUACGUAGAAAGUGUGAGAUUUAAUAUUGCUUCCCCUAUAGUGCAGACAGACGGACGGACGGUCACGUGACCAAAUUUUCCCGGACAGAUAGAAAUGCGCGCGUCGAGCUCCGCUAUUAAAACAAUCUUUCUUACUGUUUUUACAAAUUUACAACUUCGAUAAAAUACCUCUUUAUCUUCACAUUUUUCUUUCAGGAGGCUGGCUCCUCGUUUCCAACAUCACGAUGGAAAGCUCAACUCCUCCCUCUCAGCUGCCAAUCAAGACUUCAUACCGUGGAAUAACCAGUGAUCAGAUGGUUCUCACAAAAACCGCCAUGACUGUGCUGAGAACACACUUGUCUUUCACCCAACUGAGAUUCCACUGCAGUAAAAACAAUGGACGUAAGUUCCAUGUGACCACUGUUGCUAACAGCACUGGUGAAGCUGCAGUCCAGUACUUCAGCGGUCAGACGGAUGUCCAGCCUGCCUCGUGUGGUUCAUACGUCAGAAUGGAAAAUGACAACUCAGGGUCAGCAGGUGUUUGCCAAAAGUGGGGAUUGGAAAGUGGCUCAUUUGAGGUAGCUAAAUGGGGUGCUGGAUUUGAUCAAGAGAGAUUAUACGACCACCCUGCUUUUGCUAGAGAUUUAUAUCAUUGGGCGCUUAAUCAUCCAGACUACAGUGGUGGCCAAGCAAAAAGGUGGGAAUGCGAUGAUUAUCUUGUUGGCGUGAACACCGGUGAUUUCUGGAAGAUUUACGUUCGCUAA